AUACUUACAUGUUAAAAAUUAUAUGAUUUUGACAACCUAACCAAGCUUUGCGAUAGGCUAACGUCGACCUUCACUUCGUUGGUGGCAAAUGGCCGCUGUUACACAGAAACCUUCGUUAAGUUUACACAUAAAAUCACUAUUUGAAAUUUAUACAGACCUUCUGAAGUUUGGAAUAAAAAUAGGUUAGCGGAUAAAUAACCUACAACUUAUCUACGACCGCCAAAACAAAUGCUCAUUUCCGGUAACGAACGCGGUAAUUUCAAACUACAGGAUGAGGACUUUUAGCGGGAAAAUACAAGAAAUUCCAAAUAUUAGCGUCGAUAGAUUUGUUGAAGAAAAUCUAAAAUCGGAAAUUUUUUUUCUAUCGCAUUGUCACACUGAUCAUAUGGUGGGAUUAGAUUCGUAUAAUUUUAAAUCCGAAUUGAUGGAUAAUAAAAAAUAUUUAUACGCUUCGGAAAUAUCCUGCACAAUAUUAAAAAAUAUGUUCCCUCAUUAUGGGGAUUGUUUGAAAAUGUUACCAUUAAAUACUCCUAAGAUAUUUCAAUUAAAAAAUAGUUCUUUUGCUGUUACGCUCAUACCUGCAGGACACUGUCCUGGUUCUGUUAUGUUUUUAUUUGAAAAUGAUAAAAAAAUUUUAUAUACGGGGGAUUAUCGAGUGAAUAUUAAUGAUAUAAAAAAAUUUGCCGCUUUUUAUAAUACAUAUGGUUCCGUUAAAAUAAUGGAUAAAAUAUAUUUAGAUACUACGUUUUUUUUGAAAAAUUAUCCGAGUUUUCCUAAACGCGACGAAAGUCUUGAGCAACUGUGUGAUAUUUUAAAAAAGUGGUUAGAAGAAAAUGCCAGUGUUUUUGUACACGUAAAAACAAGUGCUAAAUACGGUUAUGAAUAUGUUUAUAAAGAGAUAUUUAAAAAAAUCGGCAUGCCAGUACAUGUAAACAAAGAUGUUUACAAAUUUUAUAAUCUCGUCCCUGAAUUAGAUGGUACUGUAACUUUAGACCCAACUAAAACUCGAAUACACGGUAAUUGCGGUACAAAACUUGCAUAUAACUGCCUUUCCGAUGAAAAACUACUCGAGAUAAAAACCGUUAAAUUAUCGGCAAUGAUGUGGAAUAAAAAUAGAAAUUACGAACCUAAAAUCGGAACACACUGUAUAUGUUAUUCUACGCAUGCUUCGUACGAAGAAGGCGUGGCAUUAAUAAACUUUCUAAGACCUAAAGAUAUCGAAAUAUGUGUCGAACAUGAGAAUGUUUGUAUAAACAAUGAAAUAAGAAAACUCGUUCAACAUCAUUUAUUAAAAAUACGAAAUGUUGAACCAAGUAAUCAAUCUGUGGAACCUAAAUCAUUCAACACCGGAAAACGAGAAGAAUCUUUGAAGAAAAAUAUUAAUUAUGAAAUAUUUGAAAGUUCGAAUUCUGAAAAUUCUUCAAACACAACUGAUUUAAAUGUUGUAAAACACAAUGAGUCACAAAGGGAAGAACAGUUUUUAGGUACAGUGCAAAAUAGUGAUGACGAUAAAAAUGUGUUAUAUAAAAUAAUGUUUGGAUCACCUGAAAUUACCACAAAUAAAGUAGUAGACAUUAUUCCAGACGUAUCUGAUGAAGAAGAUAGCGUAAUAUACAAUAUCGUUAAUUGGUCCCCUAAUAAAAAGAAAAAAUUAUAGGAUAUAGUAUAUUAUAAUAAUUUACUAAAGAACUGAUUUUGUACCAGUUGUAUUUUUACUUUCAAUAAAGUUAAAACAAAA